AUGUUUGGCAGUAAACCGUUUGGCUCAACGACCACCAACAGCACAUUUGGUUCGUCAGGUUCUUCGCUUUUUGGACAGAAGCCAGCCGGUUCUUCACUGUUUGGCGCGACAGCUCCCGCGAAUCAAGGAACCUCAUCGCUAUGGGGCGCUCAAAAGCCGGCCACAACGAGUCUUUUCGGAAAUUCUCCUUCGCAAUCUUCAUCGCUCUUUGGAGGUACAACACAAAACACAUCGGGCAGUUCAUUGUUCGGAUCUACGCAAGCCAAGCCAUCACUGUUCGGCUCAUCACAGCCUGUCACUUCAACUUUCGGAUCACCGUCGUCACAGUCUAGUCUCUUCGGUGGUAUGGGAACGACUUCGGGAGGCUCUCUAUUUGGAUCAUCUACUGCAGCGACGACCAAUGGAACAACCGUCAAAUUUCAAGCACAAACGGGAACGGACACGAUGCUGAAGAACAACACUCAACAGAAUAUCAACACAAAGCAUAUGUGCAUCUCUGCGAUGAAGGAAUAUGAGACGAAAAGCUUGGAGGAACUACGAAUGGAGGAUUACCUUGCGGGUCGAAAAGGACCUACCGCUGGCAGUGCGACGGCUUCUUUAUUUGGCGGCGUCGGAGGAGCAACCACUUCAUCUACAUCAAUGUUUGGAGCAAGCACACAGCCAAAAACUGGCAUCUUUGGAUCGCCAACUUCGAACAGCUUUGGAGCAAAACCCGCGACAACAAAUACAUUGUUUGGAACUCAACCACAACAACAAGCGUCAUCUUCGAUCUUUGGACCAAAGCCGGCUACCGGUGGAUUGUUCAACUCAACUACUACAUCAGCAUUUGGAGGCACUACAGCGUCUCCCGGCACAUCGUCGAUAUUUGGAGGGACCCAACCACAAGCUUCAACAUUUGGCCAGCCCGCAACCGGUGGCAGUUUAUUUGGCGGUCCCACAGCUGCCACUUCAGCAUUUGGUACUACGAAUACAGCACAACCCUCAACUGGAUUUACAUUUGGUGGAUCAAAUACUGGAACAUCCGCCUUUGGACAAGCACCGUCAACAAACCUGUUUGGGGGACAAACGGCGACGGCAAACACUGGAAAUUCGCUUUUUCAAAAGCAACCCGGAGGAAAUUUUGGCUUUGGCGGAGGAACGACAACAAAUGCUUUUGGUGCACAACCUGCCGCCAGUGGAGGACUUUUUGGACCACCAGCGGCAAACAAAUCUCUAUUUGGAUCUACGACAGCUCCCGGACUAUUUGGACAAACUCAACCACAACAACCACAAGCGGGAGGACUUUUCGGACCACAAGCACAGCCAACCAUUGCUGCUGCGAUGCCAUCACAAGUGCCCGUUGCUGCAGCGGCACCAAUUGUGCUCGGAUCGGACGUGAAUCAACGGCAAAUCGAACGCGCAUUGCUGGAGGCCCAACUGGCAGCCACUCCCUAUGGUGAUGGACCGUUGUUGAAAUGGAUGGCUGCUGCGAAAGAGACAACCGAUGAUCAAACGAACUCAGCAAACGUACAACGCCAAUUGAAAUUCCUGGAAUCGUUGGCUGGCUCACCGGUGCUUUCUGGCAAUGGAUCUCUUGUGCCGCCAUCGUUGCCAAGACCCGGAUCUUCUCUUGGAAAAUCUCCAAUUGUUCAAAAGGAUCUCUCUUAUGCGGCUGCUUCUCGAGUUCCAACUUUGGCAAAUGGUAUCCGAACGGUCCCAGCGAUGAGCAAUUCUCCUUUGUCAGCUAGACGAAAUGGGGCAACGCCUCGUUUUGAUGCUGGUGAUGCGACAAUCGACAGCGCUCUGCUGGGAAGCACGAAUCAAUUGAUUUCAACAACGCGCCGUACAAAUAUCAAGCACCUGGACCCAAUGAUGAUGCGUGACGCGUCGACGGUCAAUUCGCCAAAGGGUUUUGCCGAUCCGGAUGAGCUGCCUAAGAUUACGAAUCGAGACAAAGUUGUCUCAACCGACAAUUCUACGUUCGUUGUGAAAGAAGACGCAAGAAAGCCUCACAACCCUGUGCUUCCAUCUCUUCAUUUGGACGGUUCUCUGCAAGAUGAUAGCAUUGUUCAAGUUCAGCCAGCGGCUCCUCAAAUGAAGAUUCAAGAGACUUCGGCUCCCAAGAUGGUGUCAAAGCCAACCGAUGAUGUGAUCACUAGCCCAAAGAGUAUUUCAAGCAACGAUGACUACUUCUCGGAUCCUCCAUUGGAUCGAUUGAAAAACCAGAUUGAUGACGAUUAUAUCGAUCUUCCCGAUGGUUUGCUCGUUGGAAGAUUGACGUAUGGAAGUGUUUUUUGGCCCGGACCUCUUCGAAUUUCAAAGGACAUCAAUAUUAACAAAGUUGUUGUUUUUCGCAAUAAGGAGGUCACCGUUUACCCAAAUGAGGAUCAAAAGCCUUCUGUUGGCGAAGAGCUGAAUCGAUGCGCUGAAGUGACUUUGGAACGUGUCUGGCCAGUGGAAAAGGAAACGAAGCAACUCAUCAAGGAUCCGGAAGUGUUGAUUGGUAUGAAAUGGCGCGAGCGUUUGGAGCGUAUCAGUGCUCGAAUGGGCGCCAAUUUCAAAGACUACCGCCCAACUACUGGCUCGUGGGUCUUCCGCGUUGAUCACUUUUCUUCUUACGGUUUAUUGGAAUCCGAAGAGACGAAGGAA